CCGGUUGGAGUUGAUCAACCUCGGAUCCGACGCGUAUUCUCAACAUCCGGGGGCGUCGCUCGCAUACCGUUCGAUGCGUCUUCGCAAAGCCACGCAACAAACUGCAUCUGCCAUUCGUGGACCAUGAUAGUAUGCCAGCUUACUCUCCGCAUUCAUCAUCCGUCUCAGCUUCACGGAAAGAGUUUUAUCUACGACGAAUAGCAAUGCUGCUGGUAGGUAUCCAAGUCUCGUACCCAACCAUUGCUUAUUGGGUAGGGGUCCAUCGUUGGAUUAACUUAUGCAGGCGUGUUCAUUACCACCGCAACAUGAUUGCAUGUGUAUGGAUCGGCCCUCCAGAAUCGAUUAAACAUGUUGACCCACCUCGAUACCACCCUACAUAGCUGAGUAUGGCGCAUAGGGCUAGCAACUGACGAACUCGACCAAGCCUGACACGACG